GUGCAGUUAACGAUUUUCAGUUUGAUUUCUAUUGUUAUUUCCAAAUCGUCAUACUAUUUCAGAGGAAAACUGGACAUUAGUUCUGAUCGCACAUUAUACUGUCGAGUAGAGAACCAAAAUGACCACAGCAGCUCGACCCACGUUUGAUCCAGCUCGAGGGGGCACAGGAAGAGGAGAAAAAGAUUUGAGUGCUAUAUCUCGCCAGUAUUCCAGCAGAGAUCUUCCAGGACACACCAAAUUAAAAUACAGAGAGCAAGGUCAGGGUACAACUGAGGAACUCCGCUCCCGAGAUUUCCGUAAAGAGCUAGAUGAGAGGGAGAAGGAGACCAAAGGCCCAAGUGUAAGGAGACAGAAUGAACCAAUUGUCAAAAGACCUAAAGCUGACCAAGUGCCAGCGGCCAGUUUGGAUGCAGAUGAUCCAUUGGAAGGAGACUCUUCAGACUCAGAUGAUUCUGAUGACGAUACUGCAGCUUUGUUAGCAGAACUAAACAAAAUCAAGAAGGAGAGAGCAAUAGAGCAGGCUAAAAAGGAUGCUGAGAGGAAACAGGAGGAGGAAAGAAUUCGCAUGGAGAACAUUUUGUCCGGAAAUCCCUUGCUGAACUAUGCUGCAACUGGUCAGAAAAAUGAUAUGAAGGUAAAGAGGCGAUGGGAUGAUGACGUCGUGUUCAAGAAUUGUGCGCGAUCUGAGCCUGAGAAGAAACCUAAUACCUUUAUCAAUGACUCCCUCAGAUCAGAAUUUCAUAAAAAGUUCAUGGAGAAAUAUGUCAAAUAAAAUGUUGAAUUGAUAUUUAAUUAACUAAAUAAGUAUGAUUGUGGAUGUGUUCUAUAAUUGAGAUGUUAUUUGUAAUAAAGUGUAAUUAUAA